CUCCAAUCCAACUCUCUCACCCCGCGGCCUCCCACCUCUCUCUUCUCUGUGUCCCGAUGGUGGGUUGUGUUGUGUUUAGGGGCGCGUUAGUCCGGCGAAUCUGUGGCACAGGCUCGGGUGGAUUUCGUAGGGGAGGUCGGGCGGAUUGGGGGGCGCGGCGGUCGCGAGGAUCUGAGGGGAGAGGAAGCCGCAUGAGGAGGCAGAAAGCACGGGUAUCUGAUGGCUGUGUGCGUGCGUGCGGCCGUCGUGCUUGCUGGCUGUGAUGCCGGCGUGUGUGGACUGUGGAGUGUGGACGCGUGCUUGCCGCCGUGUGUGCUUGCGGUGUAAUGGUCUAUUGUAGCACUUCUUAUGUGAUGAAACUACUAGAGUAGUAUGAACGUCUUCGAUUUGAAAUCUUCAGAGAGCGCUGCCGGGCGCCGGCCCUCUCUCUCGAUCCCAAAGCGCCGGUGGUCCAUAUCCUUUCCAUCCGUAGAGCAGCAGGGCUGGCCGGUGCCCCCCACCCACCCAUCUCUAUCCAUCUCCAUCUCGAAUCGCUGUAGAUCCAUAUCCGCCCCCAUCCGAGCAGCACCAAGCUCCUCCCAAUGUCUCAGCAUGGGCCAUGAGUAAGCAGCAUAUUUCAACGGGAAGCACGGUAGGAGAUUCUCCCCAUCCCCAGUUCCCCAUCUCCUGUACUGAGCUGUGAGCUCUGCUCUGCUGUAUUUGGAAAGGGGUUUAGCCCGGUUCAAAAAGGAAAUAAAAAAUAAGCACCGUAGGAGAUGGAGCAUUUUGUCAGAUCUGUUUGUCUACUACUCCCUCCGUCCCUGGUGUUAAAAACGUUCUUAUAUUUUGAGACAGAGGGAGUAUUAUAUAAUUUCAUAUGUUUUUUCCAUGCAAUGCUUUCUUAUUAGAUCUGUUCUUCAACAGUUUGAAGACAACCAUCUCCUGUAACCAUCAUACUGUUGGUGAGCCAUACGGUGUAGUAUUAUCAAUUUAUUAUGGUAAUAGGGUUACAUUCAUGAACCGAACAGAAUCGGUUCUUACCCAUUGACGGUUUACUAGGUACACGUUACUUUCCAUUGCCUUUUUGUAACCUAACACAUCCUAUAGAUGCGAUGGCAUAGUUUCAGUCUUUCCUGUUUCUAGCUGCCGAGCAGUUGAACCAUGCUGCAUUCCAAUAACUACUUUUGCUGUCAGGAAGCAGAAGAUCGUUCCGUAAGCCUGCUGGGUGGGACACAACCACGGCAUGGAUUUUACAUUCCACUUGAUCGAAACUAUUACAAACAACUUUGCAGAGGAUCAGAAAGUUGGCAGCGGUGGAUCCGGAGAUGUUUACAGGGGUCUAUAAAAUGAAAAGUGGCCGAUUUUUGUUAGGCGGUGCAUGAUGGGGAAGAUACUGCCGUGAAGAAACUGCAUCCCUUGCAAGGGCUGGAUGAUAAGCAAUCUGACAAUGAAUAUCGUAACCUUAUCAUGGUACGCCACAAGAAUAUUGUGCGGUUAAUUGGCUACUGCUAUGAAACUUGGCACAAAUACGUGGAGCACAAGGGGAAACUUGUCUUCGCUAAAGCAAUGGAGCGAGUGCUCUGCUUCGAAUAUAUGCAGGGCGGAAGCCUUGAUAAACACAUUCAAGAUGAAUCUUGCGGACUUGAGUGGCCCACAUGUUACAAGAUUAUCAAAGGGACUUGUGACGGACUAAAUCACCUUCACAGCUCCCAGGAAAAACCUAUUUUCCAUCUGGACUUAAAGCCUGGUAAUAUUUUGCUGGAUAAAAGUAUGACGCCCAAAAUUGCGGAUCUUGGUUUCUCAAGACUUGUAGGUUCAACAAAAACGCGACAAACAGAGAUGCGCGAUGGAACACUCGGGUUCAUGCCACCGGAGUACAUUGACAGUGGCUUGAUAUCAGAGAAAUUUGACGUUUUCAGUUUGGGCGUCAUAAUUAUAAAAAUGUUGUCUGGAAAUAUGAGCUACUUCCGUUGUUCCGAAAUGUCUCCCGAACAGUUUAUUGAGCUUGUAAGUGAAAACUGGACCAAAAAGUUGCAGGCAAAUCCUGGAUAUUCCUCACAGGAAAUAGACAUCCUAGGAGUGACUUCAUGUGUUGAGAUUGCAUUAAGGUGUGUGGACAAGGACAGAAACAAAAGGCCAUGUAUCAAGGACAUCGUCCAUGAACUAGAGGAACUAGAAGUUAAGAUUGGAAAAAUGUCACCACCCACAUAUCAUACUGUAAUGGAUCUUCCUUCCUAUGUCAAGAGUGUUCCUCUAACCCAAGGAAUCGAGGCACAGGAGCCAGGCAGUGUGUAUACAUGAGGAAGUUUAUUUUACGAUCUUAUGCUCCGUU